AUAAAGUUAUGGUGCUGGGAGAGCUAUCCAUAGACAGCACCCAGCAUGGCAGGCUAUGUGUACACCCCAUAUAAUGCCUACCAGGGCUAUGGGGCAGGAUUCGGUCAGGCACAGCCCCCAGCCAAGUUUAAGCAGGCGGGCUGGAAAUCAGUAAAGUCCCUGGACCCGGCCGACUACCUGGAUAACUUCCAGCGGGCCCAGCUAAAGGCCAUCCUGUCCCAGGUGAACCCCAACCUCACCCCGCGGCUCCGCAAGGCCAACACCAAGGAGGUGGGGGUGCAGGUGAACCCGCGGGUAGAGACUGGGGUGCAGUGCUCCCUGGGGCCCCGCACCCUCCGCCGGCCUGCCCCCCCUCUCAGCCCGGCCAGGGCCCCCCCGGCUCCCCUGCACUUUACCCGCCCUGUGGCGGUCUACUCCCCGGUGUUAGACCGCAGGGUGUUCCCGGCUCCUCCUGGAGGCCGACCAGCCAGGAAGGAGCCUCCACCUCCAGGGAGCGCCGCGCCAGGCCAGCCCCCGGCUCCACACCCAGGCAAGGCCCCGGACAAAGAGCCUGAGCCAGCCCGGCCCCAGGAGCAGACACCAGGUGGGAGCCAGGAGACCGGCAAGGUGGAAAUCCUGGACAAAGAGAACCAGGAGGAGCAGAAACAGUCCACCUUCCAGGUAAUGGGAGAGGCAGGGGGAUGGAUGGGGAAAUAGGCAGGGGGAUUGGGGAAUGCAGGGGAGGGAGGAAUUAGGUAAGGGGGAGGCAGGGUGAUUGGGGGGGGGUGGGGAGGAGGAAAUAAGGCAAUGGGGGAAUAAGGCGAGGGGGCGGUAGGGUAAUGUCCAAAAAUUGGAUACCAAGGUUGUAGGACACUGGGUUGGUUCAGUGUCAUGUCUUGGGGUUGAGCAUCAUGGGAUGUGUACUCCACAACUGGUGGAGUGCUUAAGGUUUGAUAUGACUAGGGCAGUGUGCCUAGAAUUGCCUAAAUGGCCAGAUACAUGAAGAGCUUGGUCAAGAGCUAGCACUUUAAAUAAACAAUCCAGGUAGGGGUUCAUCCCAUGGCAAAUGGUUUAAUCACUCCUAAUUGGCCUCCCUAGAAACUGUACUGCCUCGAUACAAGUCUGUAAUGAAUGCUGUCGCAAGGGUGAUCUCUCUCGUUGCUCCACACACCUUGGUCCUCUGCUAAUCCUUUCAUUGCCUUCCUGUAUCCUUUAGGAGUCAACUCAAAAUACCAAUCCUUGCCUAUAAAGCUCUAAACAUCUCUAGUCCCGUUACACUUUACCUAUUCGUAGGUAUGCCCCUUCUUGGUCUCUCCGUUCUGUUGAUGACUUUUCCUUGUCAGCUGCCCACGCUUGUAGGACUUCUCGAGUAGCUCCUUUCCUCUGGACCAGCCUGCCUUUUUCCAUUACUCUCCCCUAGUCUUUAAUCAUUUAAGUCCCUCAAAAUCCAUCUCUUCAGGAAAGCUUAUGAGUAACUAUUUCACAAACCUGUCUCUUACUAUGAGUGAUCUAAUAACUAUUUUAACUGUUCCGAUUAUAUCGGAUAUGGAUGUUUAAAAUUUGUUAUACUGAUGCUGAGACUUCAGAACCAAAAUCUCACAUACUUUGUUGUAUAUCUGUCCCUAUGUUUAACAUGUCUUGUAUUUAUGCUUUCAAUGCAAAUGGGACCUGAGUCCCUAUGAUUUGGUAUAUCUUUUUUUUCACCAAAAUAAAAUAACAGAUUUACAAAAACUGGCAUCUUAAACUAUGAUAACUUGAUGCCACUAAAGUGCCCAGUGGGACCCAGUUUAAUGUCAAACUGCCAAGGGUUUGACAGCAUUAUGCUGGAAUUUUAUUGGGGCACUUCCGAUACAUAAUCACUAUGGUGGGUUUUGUUCAAGUGCUUUAGUUUUGUUCAAUUUCCAGAUCAAUUUUAUUUUUGUUCUCUAAAUUACCACUAAUAGCUCUUCAGUGCUCUAAAAUGAAGACUUGUAAUCCAUCCCCUUCUCUCCUUAGUUCCUUGAACAAAAAUAUGGCUACUUUCAUUGCAAGGAAUGCAAGACUCGAUGGGAGAGCGCUUAUGUGUGGUGUGUCUCCGGAAGUAACAAAGUGAGUAGAAUUGUUUGAACGAAGUUAAAUUUGUGGUAUUUUAUUUAAUCUUUGUAAAUUUAGCCUGGUGUAAGUAUUAAUGACAAGGGCAGUUAUACCAUAGACCAGGGGUAGGCAACCUUUGGAACUUCAGAUGUUUUGGACUACACCUCCCUUGAUGUUUUGCCAGCAUUAUGGGGAUGUAGUCCACAUCUGCAGUACUGAAGGUUGCCUAUGCCUGCCAUAGACCGUUGAAAGUAUUGAAAUACAUUAAUUCUUUGUUCCUAUUACAUGUACAUAUUACACUCUUGUAGGCUGGUGCUAGACUUCAAAGUCCAUGGCAUUUAAGGUCACAAACUACUCAAUUUGACCUGCAAAGCUUAUUCCAUUAAUCUGUAAGCUGGAAAUGAACAUGCUGUAGUGUAAGGUCUCCAGCAUUCAAGAAUUGACCCGUAUCUUGCCUUUCGUGCAUACAUUUAUUUAUUUUUUUUGUCCAUGGUUUUGGUGAGAAACAUAAACAUUUAUUUUUAAAUCUAGUCUUUAUCUUUGCAUUUGUCUAAACUUGCGCUUCUCUUCCAGGUUUAUUUUAAACAACUUUGCCGCAAAUGCCAAAAAGGAUUCAAUCCCUACAGAGUUGAAGAAAUUCAAUGCCAGGUUAGUUGUGCUGGGUACCUUGUCCCAGACCACCUUAUGUGUUAACUGAGUGAUUUAUAAAGCUAUCAUGUGAAAGAUCCUAAAACUGAACGUUGGACACUUCAAGCACCAUAAGCCUGCCUCUUUAGCCACACCCCCUCAUUCCAGAAAAGGGCUUCCUUAUCAAAAAGGUAUGCACUCUCAGCCAUUGACAGAUCUGAACUACAAAACAAACCUGUAUUAGGGAGACCUAUAUUACUGGUUUUAUAGUAUAUAACCAAACCAGGGAAUGUAACUGUUAAUUUAUGAAAGUGCCAAGUUCUAUUAAAAUCACCACAUUUUGUAAAUGGAGAGCACUCUUCACACUUAAAGCAAGUCAUCAAGCUGGCCCUUUAACUAGCUUCACUAAUGGCAUUUGGCUGCAUUGCCAUAGCUUAAUUAAUAUACAUGCAUAGUCUUGGUGAACCCUUGCACACACUGGCAAUUCUUAUUUUAGACUUAAUACUCCAUGCUUCACUGUAAUUGCCAACUUUAUUUUUUAAAGUAGCCUGGUCCCUAUUAGUUUAGUGCCUUCUGUAUUUUUUUAAUCUCAUUGGUUUGGUUAUAGUGCAUACUGUCCUUCAGGACUGAUAUACUACCAGAAGGCAAUCUACAACACAAAAAUAAUAGAAACGGACAUAGAAUAGUAACGUAGUGUAUUGGGAAUUUAUAGGAAUAGGUAAUUACACUCACAGACCCAAUUUGAUUGCAGGCAUAUCAAAAAUAACGAUGUGUAUAUACUUCUCGAUUGGAACGUCAAUCCCAUACAUAGGAGGAAGAAUAAAAAAAUAGUGCAGAGUAUCUUCAGUAAAAUUAACAAGAUUUAUUACAAGAUACACUUACAAGAAAGAUGUAUCAAAAAGGCACAUCAAACUCAGCUGAAGCUGCAACCCAGUCUCAGGAUCAGAAGAGCAGAAAAACCAAAUAAAAAUACACUUAAAAACUAUAAAAAAUACUCAGCAUAUAAGAAACAGUAUAUCAGUCCUGAAGGACAGUAUGCACUAUAACCAAACCAAUGAGAUUAAAAAAAACUGAGGUUUACAGAGGAUUGGAUGCCCCUGAUGAAGUUCAUUUUAUGAACGAAACGCGUAGGGCUUGUUUCUUACAUGCUGAGUAUUUUUUAUAGUUUUUAAGUGUAUUUUUAUUUGGUUUUUCUGCUCUUCUGAUCCUGAGACUGGGUUGCAGCUUCAGCUGAGUUUGAUGUGCCUUUUUGAUACAUCUUGUAAGUGUAUCUUGUAAUAAAUCUUGUUAAUUUUACUGAAGAUACUCUGCACUUUUUAUUCUUCCUCCUAUGUAUGGGAUUGACGUUCCACCAAUCGAGAAGUAUAUACACAUCGUUAUUUUUGAUAUGCCUGCAAUCAAAUUGGGUCUGUGAGUGUAAUUACCUAUUCCUAUAAAUUCCCAAUACACUACGUUACUAUUCUAUGUCCGUUUCUAUUUUUGUGUUGUAGAUUGCCUUCUGGUAGUAUAUCAAUAUUGUUUUAAGGACAUAAGAGGAGUCCUUUCAUCUACUUCACUACUGACUAAGGGUAAUUUUUGUAUGUUUGUAUUUAUUACCCACUAAGUGUGUCGUCUACCUGCACACAGGUGUUUUUGUAUCUAUAUUAUAUAUUGUAUAUCUGUCCUUCAGGACUCCAGAUGUUUACUAAAUCUUCCCCUGAUGCUUUGAGUCUCAAUCUGGAGUGCCAAAGGUUGACAAAUUCUGCUCUAUAGUAGUUUAUUUAAAAAAACUAUUUGGUCCCCAAAUAUUCAACACUUAUGAAACAGUAUGUUCAAUCUAUAAAAGUGUGCUGGAAAAAUUCAACCCUACCUCUAGUAUGAAUGGACCCUUCAGCCACAUGCACCUCGGCUCAGACAGGGUGCUUCUGUGCAGGGAAGAGCUAAUUUGAUGAAAUAACUAUUUUAAAAGUUUUGACUUGACAAUUGUCUAAUGCUAUUAAAAGUAACCCUGUUAACUUUUUUUUAAUAUAUAGGUAUGUUCAAAAACACGUUGCGCUUGUCCACAAAAGAAAAGGCAUAUAGAUCUCAAAAGACCUCAUCGACAAGAACUGUGUGGUCGAUGCAAAAACAAGAGACUCUCGUGUGACAACACCUAUAGCUUCAAAUAUAUUGUUUGAAGUGGUGCAUCUCUUUGUAGAAUCAUGACUUGGCAUAGACUCUGGCUUUGGACCUGGCAUUGUAGACCGGAUUAAGGAUUUCUGUAUCUGUUGUAAAAUGGCAACACUUUGUAUACACUGUAAAUAAAGCUAUUUAAAAAUAAAAACUUAAAGUAAAUUAACC